AUGUCAAAGUUAAAUGAAAACUUUGCAACUAAGUUCCAAUGCAAAACUAACUACACUAGUUGGUCCAUCCAAAACCAACUUAUUGAUCUUUGUGCUAAAAAUAUAGUUGAUCAAAUAGUUGGAGAAAUUAAAGAAUGUGGAAUUUUCAGUGUAAUGUGUGAUGAAGCAAGAUGCUUCAGACAAGAACAACUUUCACUUUGUGUAAGAUAUACUAACGGGUUAAAUGUUGUUGAACGGUUUUUGGGGUUUUUUGAUGUAUCGAUGAAACAAGAUGCUAACGCACUUGCUUCAGCCAUGACAAACUUUUUUGAAAAAAAUGGCAUUUCUCAAUCCAUAGUAGCCCAAUCAUAUGAUGGGGUAUCUGUGAUGUCAGGCCAGUUUAAUGGUGUUCAACAAAAAAUUAAAACUCAGCAUCCAGAAGCAAUUUACAUUCACUGCAUGGCACACAAAGUAAACCUUUUAAUUAUGGAUAUGUGCAAAGUUGUGAAGGUAUUUGUCAUUACCACCAAUAUUGUGUUUAAGUUAUGAUUAUUUUGAACAAUUUGUAUGAAUAUAAUUAUUAAUCUCUAUACACAUACUUAUUCUUAAGAUAAAUUAAUAUAUUUUAAUCUUAGUAGUCAUUUGGUGUAAUGAUUAAAUGUUUUUACUUUUAGGACACCAGAAUUGUAUUCAAUUGCCUCGAAUCAUUGUAUGUAUAUUUUUCUCAUCCUACAAAUAAUAUUAAGUUUUGUGAGAUCCAAAAGAAAUUGGGAAUAAAAGAAACUUCUCUAACAAGGAUUAGCGAUACCCGAUGGAACUGUAGGUUUAAAAAUUGUA